CUAAGCACAUCCGAACCUCGGCCGCGUUAUUCCGAAGCUGCUAGGCUCGGACAGGCCCGCUAUAAAUACGCGCUUAUCUCGCUCUUUGCUUUUCACGUUCGUAUCGUACGUUGAAUGGUGCUAAUCAGAGUUCUGUAAUCAACACACAGACAUUUUUUCUUCGCGUAAGAGUAAAAAGGAGAACAAGACUUAGUUGAAACAGAUGGCACUAGUUUCAGGAGGAAGAUCAACUCUCAACCCAGAUGCCCCACUCUUUAUCCCUGCUGCAUACCAGCAAGUAGAGGAUUUCUCCCCAGAAUGGUGGCAACUGGUUACAACUUCAACAUGGUAUCGAGAUUACUGGCUCAGUCAGCAUCAAGAUGAGGAAGGCUUCUAUGACAAUGCUGAGGAUGACAGCUAUGAUGCCUGUGAUGUAGCUGACUUACUUCCAGAUACUUUUGAUCUUGAUGCUGGCGAAGAUUUCUCCACUCUGGAAGUUCAAUUUCAGGAGUUUGUGGAAUCUUAUCAAACUGAUGUAGAUAGCAGAUCACCUCCUUCCAAUGGCUUUCAAAUUGAAGCUGAGGCACCCAAGAGGGAUGAAACAGCUCCAGCAGCCAAGUAUAUUUAAUACAAAGUGCGGCCCGCAGUAUUUGCUGGAAGGGCUAACUCUCUCAAGUUGCAGUUAUCCCCUCAACUGAGUAGACUAGUUUAGUUUCUGCUUUUCUGUAAGUGCUGUACAGAGCAAGGUUGCAAACUUGUGUCACUCCUUGUUCAUUCCCAUUUCUCUGUUUUCACUUAACCAAAGGAAUCUCUAAAAAAAAUGUAAAAAAGUAAAAUGUAAAAUUUUAGCAAGAGAAGAAGUUAUUAUAUAUAUAUAUAUAUAUAUUUCUUUUGCGUUA